GCGCGGCGCGGUGCAACGCGGCUGGGGGACGGCUAUGGAGGACGAGCUGAGCUUUUCGGAUAUCUGCGGCGGCCGCCUGGCCCUGCAGCGCCGCUACUACUCUCCAACCUGCCGGGAGUUCUGCCUCAGCUGCCCUCGGCUCUCGCUGCGUUCGCUCACCGCUGUCACCUGCUCCGUGUGGUUAGCAGCCUACGGACUCUUCACCCUCUGUGAGAACAGCAUGAUUCUCUCUGCUGCCAUCUUCAUCAUCCUCUUAGGCCUGCUUGGUUACCUCCAUUUUGUGAAGAUCGAUCAGGAGACUCUGUUAAUCAUUGACUCCCUGGGCAUCCAGAUGACAUCAUCCUAUGCCUCAGGCAAAGAAAGCACCACUUUCAUUGAAAUGGGCAAAGUGAAGGAUAUUAUCAUCAAUGAGGCUAUUUACAUGCAAAAGGUGAUUUACUACCUCUGCAUUUUAUUGAAGGAUCCAGUGGAACCACAUGGUAUAUCCCAAGUAGUACCUGUCUUCCAGAGUGCCAAGCCCCGGCUGGACUGCUUGAUUGAAGUGUACAGGAGCUGCCAGGAGAUCCUGGCACACCAGAAAGCCACAUCCACAAGCCCAUGA